AUGAACGCCUUCAACGACUUGCCCGAUCUCUCCUUCCUUAGUGAGCCGCAAUAUCCCGAGUUCGAUGAUCACACGGAUACAAUAUCUAAUUUCACCCAAAUAUGGAAACAAGAGCCUUCGGAGGUCGAUUUUGAACAGAGACUUGCUCAAAUUCAUCUUGAGUUCUUUGGAGUCGCACCGCUCACCCAUCUCCCUGCACCUUCCGCCGUUGAUUUUGAAGAACUCUUCGAGUCCUCGGAACUCCCGGGCUCCGCUUCGUCCCCGAUUGAAGUUAAUAAUGCAGUACUAAACGUUUCUGAUAACGCGUCAUACCCCGGUUCUCACGAGUCUAUUGCCCGGUUAGUGGAGGCGUCUACUACAAGGUACACCCUUGUUUUCUUCCUGCCUAUCGACCGUUCCCUGAUCAACGCUCUUCUACUCGUUAGAAAUGCUCAGGUUUCUGCCGCUGUCACCCAGCCUAUUGCGGUGAAGAAUCCCUCAACACUUCAAACUCCAAGCUUUUCCUGGCCGUUCGAGACUCCUGGGUUCGGCAACGUUCUCAAUUUCGGAUCGCCCUCUGCACCUCAGGAUGAGCAAUGGUUCAAUACAACAAGCGAUCAGUACGCCAAUGUCGAGAAUUUCUGGAACAGUCUUGGGUGCCCUUCUUUCCAGUAUCAAUAUCAGCCUGACCAAGGUUCGGAAAACCUACAAGAUUUCUUUUAUCCGGAGGUCGCGCAACCAUUCCCUCAUCCGCUACCUAAUCCUCCCACCGAGAAUCCUUCCACCGAGAACCCCCACGAACAAGUCGACACCUAUGAUGCCGCUGCCUUCUCAUACUGUGUUAGCGAUGGCGGGAUACCGCCUUGCGAUGAUAGCUUCCCGCUCUUCAAUAACUUCGAUUUCACCUCCCAAAAUCAACAACAGCACAUACCCGUCGACCCUCAUCCCCGACCAAUGAUAUUUGGUUGGCCAGGUCCCGAUAUUGACCUUCCGCCAGAUAGCAUUCCGGGUCUCAGCACAUCAGCUCGUUUAGCACUGACAUCUAGAGGUUGCAAACGAAAGCGUUCGCCAUCCUCCUGCGACGAAACGGAUUACACUCGCUCUCCGUCUUCGUCUGCUUCAUCGCAUGGCAAUAACACUUGUCUCUGGAUGAUCUCAGAUUCUACCUCGGGAACAUGGGUCACCUGUGGGGAGACCCUCAGCGAAAAGGGACUGUCAACGCACCUAAAUACUCAUCUCAUCUCGACUCGACAUGGUGGCGACUACGAUGUGAGCAAGAGAAUGAAGUGCAAGUGGGGCAACUGCCAAGAGGAAUAUCAGGCUUCGGAAACCUAUAGGCAUGUACGAAAACAUCUGGGAUGGUCGAAAGUCCAAUGCGGGAAAUGCGGGAAGGUGCUCGCGAGGAAGGAUAGUUUGAAGAGGCAUUCUGCUCAAUGCCGUGGCAAGAAGGUUUGA